AUGGCUGCUCUCUCCUCCACCCCCACUGCUGCCCCGAGCACCUCAAAAUUCGCCUGCAAGCAACUCGUGCUGGAUGCAGGACCGCUUCUCUCGCUUUCGCCUUUGCGGGGGCUCGCGGAAACCUUCUACACCGUCCCCCAGGUCCUGGACGAGCUCAAGGACAAGCGAGCGCGCGAACACUUCGAACGGCUCGCGUUGUCCGCGGGGGUGAGAAUAGAGAUCAAGGCACCGCUGUCUACGUCGGUUGCCCAUGUGAUCCAAUGGGCCAAGAAGACUGGAGACUACUCCGUGCUCUCCACGCCGGAUCUGUGCGUCCUUGCUCUCACUUACGAGCUCGACGAAAAAGCGAAGGCAUCCGCACCGGUCCCGGAGACGAAACCCGAGGUGACGCCAUCGGAGGAGCUAGUCCCGGCUCCAGAGAGCUCACCGGUUCCGGUGGAGGCCCAGCCAGACGAUAAUGUGGAAAGUGCGCCUGAAGACUCUGCCGAGUCUGAGGCGGAGGAGCCCCCUCCGACCCCUACCGAAAAUGGCGACUCUCAAGAUGCGAUCUCUGAGGACCUUGAGGAACGCGAACCUUUGAACGUCGAGCUCCAACCUAUUCAGGACAACGAUCCCACUACACCCGUUUCCACUCGUCCCCACCAACCUGAAGCUCCACCAGUAGAGUCACCAGCAGAUGAAGCAGACGACGCAGAGGCGGAGCCCAUCUAUGAUGACCCAUCAGACGAAGACGACGGUGAAGGCGAGUGGAUCACUCCUUCCAACGUUGGACUGCACAAGUCCCAUGCGCUCGAUCUCCUUCCUUCCGGGGGCAAAGGCGCAAAGGGCAAGGCGAAGGCGCAGGAGACGAUCCCCGUGGGCUGCAUGACCGCCGAUUUCGCAAUGCAAAACGUCCUGCUCCAAAUGGGCCUUGGCCUCGUCGGCGUCGAGGGCAAGCGCAUCGAACGCGUCAAGAGCUGGGUGCUCCGCUGCCACGCGUGCUUCAAAAUCUGCAAGGAUAACUCUCGCAAAUUCUGCCCCUCGUGCGGGAAUCCGACUCUCCUCCGCGCAUCAGUCACCAUCUCCUCUCCCAACGCCGGUUCCAAUACCCCUGCGCUCCAGGUCCACCUGAAGCGCAACUUCCAGUUCAAGACACGCGGGACGAUCUAUUCGAUACCCGCACCCAAGGCAGGAUCCGCCAAGACUGGCCCGGGCGAGGGCCUCAUCUUGCGUGAGGACCAGUUGGGGUGGCAGCGCGCGAAGAAGCAGGCUGACGGAAAGCGCGAGCGCGAAGAGAAGCGGAUGCUCAACGCUGCGAGCAAGAGCGCGGAGGCUGGCCAGGGAGGAACGGUGGUCAGCAGCUGGAUGGACCCGGACUGGGUCCCAGAGAUGCUGAGCGUGGGCGCGGGAGGAAAGGGGAGAAGCAUCCGAGCGAGAGGAUUCGACGGAGACAUGCCCAUCAUCGGUCAUGGGAGGAAGAACCCGAACGAGGGGAGGCGGAAGAAAUAG